CAAGCUCGGGGCCCAGGCACAGUGCGGCCCCCCCGUCCUCCUCCCCAGGCCCUGCCGCCAUGGCGGCGGCGGCGGCCGCGCAGCUGAGGGCGGCGCUCCCGCACCUGAGCGCGCAGCAGGUCCCGAUGUGCGCGGGCUCCCAGGAGAUCCGAACCAGGCGUUCCUCGACCUCUGGGGGAAGAACACGCCCCCAGCCGCCCACGACGGGGCGCGACACCGCGGGGCCGCUCCCGAUCUGCGGAGAGACCCCGAGGGCUGGUUCCGGUUCUACGACCGGGACAACAACGGCCUGCAGCAGCACGAAGUGGUCGCUGGCCUGGCCGAGACGCUGCCCGACACCGACCGCGCCGCGCUCCGCGAGCUGGUGGGCACGCUGUGGGCCCUGUUCGACACCGACGGGUCGGGCUCCAUCAGCAUGCGGGAGUUCAACAAGAGAGACGGGCUCCGGGAGGCGCUGCUGGCGCAGCUCGGCGACUCGGUGGCGCCAGCGCCCUCCAGGCCCUCGUCGGGGGCAGCCGCCGGCUGCGGGCCACGGGCCCUCGCGGCCCGCGGCGCAGGCCCCGAGGCCGACCGCCGCGCCCGCCGCCGGGCCGCAGGAGCAGCUGCAGGAGCUCUUCCCGAGUCUGCCGCCCGCGCGCAUCCGGGAGGCGCUCGCGCGCUGCCGCGGCGACAAGGCUGCCGCGGCAGACUGGCUGGCCAGGAAUCCUGCGGCGCAGCCCGUCGUGCAGGGCCGGCCGGUCGUGCAGGCGCAGCCCGCGCAGGCCCUGCACGGUGCGGCGCCGGCGGCGCACCCGUGUGCGCCGCGGCCUCCCGCGGCACCCGCGGGGGGCGCCGGAGGAGGCCACGCAGCUGGUGGAGCGGCCGCCGCACCGCCCAGCCGCGGCGCUCCGAGGCUGACGGGCCGAAAGCGCGCGGUGCUCAUCGGCAUCAACUACUUCGGCACCCAGGCCCAGUUGCGAGGGUGCAUCAACGACGUCAGAAGUAUGCAGUCGCUGCUGGAGCAGAUGGGCUGGCCUAGGAACUGCAUGAGGACACUCACGGACGACCAGCGAGGACCCUCGAUGCCCACACGCGCGAACAUCGAGGCUGCCCUACGCUGGCUCGUCGAGGGUGUUCAGCCGGGGGACGUGCUCUUCUUCCAUUUUUCAGGUCACGGCGCACAGCAGGAGGAUCCGCAUGGCUAUGAGGAGGAUGGGAUGAACGAGACGAUCUUGCCUGUCGAUUUCAAAUCCGCUGGUAUGAUGACCGACGACCUGCUAGGGGAAUUGACAGUCAGGCGCCUGCCAGAGGGUGUUCGCCUCACGGCCGUCAUGGACUGCUGUCACAGUGGUACUGGGCUGGACCUGCCCUACUCCUGGAUGGGGCGCGGCUGGAAGGAGGAUACGAACCCAUACCACACCCUAGGAGACGUCCAGAUGUUCAGUGGCUGCGCCGACGACGACACGUCUGCCGACGCCGCCACUGCAUACGGGGCUGCUGGUGGAGCUAUGACGACUGCCUUCUGCGACGUGCUGCGUUCGAAUCCGGGGCUACCGUACAGCAGCCUCAUCCAGCAGCUGAACAACACAAUGGCCAGACGGGGCUUUUCGCAGCGCGCUCAGCUGACCUCGUCGCAGGCUUUCGACUUCAGCAGGCCUUUCCUUCUCGAAGACAUCAUCCCGAACAGCAAUCGGACGAUUGGCCGCACCUUUCGGCGAAAAUUCCCGCCGCGGCCGCGGAGGAUGGAGGGCCCGCUGGCCGACAUGCUGGGCAUAGGCAUGGCAGUGAUGGGGGGCAUGAUGCUGGGCGACCUCGCGGGAGGGCUGUUAGGCGCCUUCUUGUGACCUGCCAGCCUUCUGCAGCUCCUGCCUGUAUCUUCCAGUUCGCCUCCACCUGCUCCUCUCCCUCCUCCUCCUCCGCCCCCUCC